AUGUCAAUGCUGGUAAGAAUGAUAAAGAAGAAGACAGUGAUCGAUCGAUUGCUAGCAAUAUCAGAAUCUUUAAUCGAAAAUUGCAAUUGGUCAAAUCAAUCUUUCAACUUUCGCGAUAUGGGAACCAAUAGCUCUCAUAUCAAUCCUGCUCCUUAUUUUGAUACACAUCAUUGUAGACGGAGUGUUGGUCUUGCAUCAACGGAUCCUUGGAAUGAGUUGAUUCAAAGUGUUCACAUCAAGCCAGAAUUGGCUUUGAUGGUCUUGAAGCAGCAAUCAGGUCGUGCAUCUUAUGAUAUCAUCAGUCUAUUGGACUUCUUCUUCUUCUUCAAUCAUCCUCAUUCUCCACCUUUGAAAUUGAAUUACAUUCAACAACAACAUCAACCACUUCUUCUUCAUCAAGAUUGGUCAAUUCAGAUUCAAUUACCUUCAUCUCAACUUCAAGGAUCAUCAUCCACUACUCCUACCAAUCAACUUCAUCCUAAUAUGAAUGAUUGUUAUAUACCUUCAAACAAACCUAGAUCUACAUCUGCAUCUUUCAAUGAACAUCCUAACACUCUCACUACAUUGACUUCAAAAGACCAAAUUCCAAUUGAACUCAAACAUUUUAUAGAAUUUUUGUCAAAGGUGUUGCAUUGA